GAGAGACUCGGAAUUGACCUCUGAAAGUUCUCUGUUUCUUUAUACAGCUGUUGCUGUCUCCUCGUCGAAGCUCUUGCAGAUUUCGGCAGCAAAAUAUUUCUGCUAUACUUCGGAUUUUUCUGGAGGGGAUCGAUGCAGAAGGGUUCGAAGAGCAAGUGCGAGUCUGCAUCGCACCAGCUCUUGAAGGAGAGGGCUAAGAACCGGGUCAACGACCUUGAAGGGGUGUUCAGCGACCUCCAAUCUGCAAGGAAGGAGAGUCGAGCUUAUGACAUUGUGGUUUUAGAGCAGCAAGUACAUCAGAUGUUGAAAGAGUGGAAAUCCGAGCUCAAUGAGCCGUCCCCGGCUUCUUCUUUAGUUGCGUGUAGUUUCAAUUCAGAGGAAUUUGCACAUCUAUUGCGACUUUGUGAGGAGGAAGAUGAUGCGAUUAGUCCAUUGAAGGAACUGGCUCCAUUGAAGCCUGAAGCUGACCUUCAAAACCUCCAUGCAAACAAUUUAACAGCAGUUCUGGAGGAUCUUUGUGUUAACAAACAGCCCCAAGAACAUGCUUUCCAAGCGUCUGAUAAUUGCGAAAGCUCAUUUUCAAGUUUGCAGAACAAGGUGGCUAAUAACUUGGAUUUUACUAAUUUGAAUUCUCAUAGUUCCAACAUACAACAGGACUUCAAUCAGAACACAGAUCUCAACAACUCAGAUUUGAGUCCUGAUCUGGAUUUUCUUCAGUUAAAUUUACAGCAAGACUUUGACUAUGGGCUUCUCAUUGGAGCAAAUGAAACCAAAGAGUGCGAACCAAAUACUAUUCCCAACAUUCUGCCAAAUAUCUGCCCUCCACCGUCUGCUUUCCUGGGGCCAAAAUGUGCUCUAUGGGAUUGUUUUAGGCCUGGAUCUAACUGGUGCCAGGACUAUUGUAGUAGUGGUCAUGCUGUUCUAGCAUUGAACGAGGGUCUCCCUGGCAUGAUUCCAAUUCUGAGACCUGGGGGAAUUUGUUUGAAGGAUGGUCCAUUAUUUGAUGCUCUUAAUUCUAAGGCACGGGGAAAGGAAGUGGGCAUCCCUAAAUGUGAAGGUGCUGCUAAUACAAAGUCUCCAUGGAAUGCUCCCGAGCUAUUUGAUCUUUCUUUCCUCGAGGGUGAAACAGUUAGGGAGUGGCUCUUUUUUGACAAGCCUAGAAGGGCAUUUGAGAGUGGAAAUAGAAAACAGAGGUCAUUGCCAGACUACAGUGGACGUGGUUGGCAUGAAUCGAGGAAGCAGAUGAUGAAGGAAUAUGGGGGGCAGAAGAGGUCCUAUUACAUGGACCCACAACCUCUUAGCGGCCUUGAGUGGCAUUUGUAUGAAUAUGAGACUAGCAGCUAUGAUGUUUGUGCAUUAUACAGGUUGGAACUCAAGCUUGUUGAUGAAAUGAAGGGUCCUAAAGGAAAAUUAUCUAGCGAUCCGCUUGCUGAUCUGCAGAAGAAGAUGGGAAGACUCACUGCUGAGGUUUCUGCAGAUAAUGGACAUCCCAUUAAGGGCAGGACAAAGGCUAAUAAAAAGACUGAUUCUACGAAGGCCAUUUCUGCCCAAAAUGAGAUCCCCUCUCCCUCUGAAUCCCCGCCGUGCUAUAAGCCUUCCAGUACUUGAUUGAGUUGUAUAGUACAUAAUUGAGUAGUUUUGUCUGCAUCCAGAUUCGAGUACAUAGAAUGUAGGUCUGCAGCAGCUUUCUACUGUAGAAAUUGGUCGAGUUGCUGAAGUAUGCUGACAUAUAUAAACAAUAUAUUAAUUCUGGUCAUCAAUGGCAUCAACCUCGCAUUUCUCA